CUCACGUGACCAGGAGUCGACGUGUACAGAACUGUUAGUCUGGUCCUUGUUCCAGUCUGGGUACCAGCUUCCUUCUGCAGCCCGACUGCCGGUGCCUGAGGCCAGGGAAGGAGAAAGAAUCAAUUGUACGGAAUUUUGCAGAUCUGUUGUUCAGGACACUACACAACCACUAGAAAAGACGAGAAAGUGACCGGGUCAGCACUGAAGCAAUUAUAUUCAAAGAAAAAUAAGCAGGAAAAAAGAAAGGAAGAGGAAAAGGAAAGAAAGAGGAAAGGAAGGAAGAGGACAUUCACAAGAUGAAACCCUGUCAAAAAAUGGAAGGAAAAUCAGAAAAUGAAAGUGAACCAAAGCUUGAGGAAGAGCCAAAAUCUGAGGAAAAGCCAGAGGAGGAGGAAGAGCCAGAGGAGGAGGAAAAAACAGAAGGAAGUUUUAGGGAAAGGCUGAUUCAGUCUCUUCAGGAAUUUAAAGAAGAUAUACACAACAGGCAUUUAAGCAAGGAAGAUAUGGUUAGAGAAGUAAAUGAAUUAGACGAGAUAAGGAGAGUAAGAAACAAACUUAUAGUGAUGCGUUGGAAGGUUAAUCGAAACCAUCCUUACCCCUAUUUAAUGUAGGUUUCCUUGAUUUUUAUUUUUUCUGAUAUUAACAUUGCCAUAUAGCUUUCUUUGGAUUUGCAUUUUCCUGAGAAAUCUUUGUCCAUUUUUCUACUUUUAACUUGUUACUAUUAGUGACUUUAGAUGCAUCUCUUUGUUUCUGCAUCUCAUUGUUUAUCAUAUUUUGAACCAAUCUGCAAGUCUCUGCAUUUUAAUAGGAGAGAGAGCUUUACUCAUUUGUAUAAAAAGAGGUUCCAGACAGGAUAUAAAAUUUAAAAAAGUUACUAUGGAAUAUGUGAAUAUCAUAUUUUUAAAAGGAAAGGGUACGUUUGUAUAUUACGUAUAUGCACAGAAAAACAUGUGAGGGAUAAAAGACAAAAAAGAACAUUAAGUUACAAGAUUAUGAGUGAUUUUUAAAAUUCUGCUUGCUUGUAUUUUUCCAUAUGCUAAAAUG